AUGGCUAAGCGCGUCACCAUUUUUGAUCCUCCAGAGCAGGAUCACUCCAAAGCGCUCAUCGAGAAUGUACUCGAUCUGACGUUGGUGGCGGACCUCGGCCCAGACGUAUAUACAAACACUCGCCCUCUAUGGCAUCCCCCUGGAGCUCGCGGCAUCUACGGGGGUGCGGCGAUCGCACAAUCCCUCUCCGCAGCGAUGCGAACAGUCCCCACCGAGUACGCCGUCCACAGCAUGCACUGUUACUUUGUCCUUGCGGGUGACUCUGAAAUUCCGAUUCUAUACCAUGUCGAGCGAGUCCGCGACGGAAGGAGCUUCAUCACGAGAACCGUGCAGGCACGGCAACGGGGUCGGCCGAUCUUCACCACCACGCUGAGUUUUAGUCGCAUAGGCAGCGGGGGUCAGAAGACCCUCAACCAUACCACCCAGAAGCCGGAUGUCCCAUUGCCCACCGAUCCUGAACCGGGUAGCAUUAGGGCUUUGAGUGAUGCUGGCGGAGGUCCUUUUGAGUCAAGGAAAGCGGGCAUUGUGAACCGCAACUCCCCAAACCCAGAAGACAAGAAAAUCCGACGUCAUAUCCGCGCUCGCGGUCACAUCUCCGAUGAAGGUUCCUAUCAAGCACACCUGUCCGCCCUUGCCUACAUUACCGAUAGCUACUUCAUCGGAACAGUCGCCCUUGUUCAUGACAUCCCCCGAUUUUCAUCGCGUGCUCAGCUAGAAGGUCUUUUGAAUGCCCUCAAGAACCCAUCCGAUCUCGAUGACGAGGAUAUCACUCGGGCACUGAAGGAACUGAAGGAGGAAGAGGCUGCUGAACUACGCCGCCGGAUAGAAGGAGCCCUUGUCAAAGCUUCAAACGUCAAAUCCGAGACGCAGCAUAAUGAGGUUGGAAUGAUGGUCAGUCUGGACCACUCGAUCUAUUUCCACAACCCUAUGGCAUUCAGGGCCGAUGAAUGGAUGCUAUCAGAGACAGAGAGCACGUGGGCUGGUGAGGGACGAGGAUUAGCACUCCAGAAGAUUUGGUCUAAAGACGGACUUCUUAUUGCAACUUGCACACAAGAGGGUGUCGUGCGUUUAAAGCAAGAUAAGCCGCCAAAGUCAAAGAUCUAA